AUUAUGGAAUGCAAGUUUGGUCAAAGAAACUGUAGAAGAAUUUGCAGUCGGGCAAUGGCAAUAUAUCGAAUGGACGCUUCCUUCAUUUCUCUCAUAACUAGAAAGUAGAAACUUAUAGAUUUUUGGUUGGUGGCACAGGUGAUUUAAUUUGAAGCAUAUGGCUUCCAACUGUGUAAAUCUUUCUAAUCCUUACCAUCAAUGUACCCAAGCUUGCUCCCAAACCACCAUCAAGACGUCGCACUCCCACAUAAACAAAAACAAGACUUCAGGUUAUGGCCCAAGUGUCACAGAUGCUCAGCUUGGAAAAAAGAUCAAUAAUAAACACAAUCAAAACGUACGAACGUACCCAGGUUGUCCUAAAGCAUCCAAUCCUUACCACCAGUGUGAUCACAAUUGUUACAAAAGAUUAUCCGAUUCAGGUGCUCCUCCUCCUAUAAAGCUGGACAAGAAAAAGAAGUUAGGUUCAAAACCAGAACCCCCUGUUCUUGACAGUGUUCCUGCCUCAAAAGUUGGGGCAAUUUACCUAUCUGAUGCUUCAUCACCAAUAUCACAGUAUUCCGAGAAGAAAAAGGUGGAGACAGAAAACAAUGAGCACGUUUCUCCUCAGACAAAUAUCCAAGCUGUAAAGCCUGUCAAUAACAAAGACCAACCAAUUAAGGAGGGUGAGCAGCACGUUGGGAACCCAAUGCUAACAAAUGAUGAUGAGGACAAAAUUGCUUCUAAUAAAAUUGUUCCAAUCAGCCUUCCUAUUUCAGAAAGUGAUGAUGAUGAGUCUGUGAUGAGUUCUGAAGGCCGUCUUCAAGUUGGAAGAUAUCAAAUAAAAGAAAGUUUUGGUUCCAUCUUGCAAUCUAUCCUUGACAAGUACGGGGACAUAGGAGAAAGCUGUCAGUUGGAAUCGGUUGCCAUGCGCUCAUAUUACAUUGAGUGUGUAUGCUUUGUGGUGCAAGAGUUACAUAAUUCCUCAUCGAUAAUGCAAUUAAGCAAGUCCAAAGUCAAGGAAUUAUUGGCUAUUCUUAAGGAUGUAGAAUCUGCACAACUUGGUGUGGCUUGGUUGCGUAGCGCCCUCGAUGAACUAGCUCAAAAUAUUGAACUCAUUAAUAGGCACCAGGAGGUAGAGGCACAAAAGGAUAACUCUGGUCGCCAAGUGGAGUCAUUGAGACAAGAGCUAGAAACAGAGUUGGAAAGUUUGGCUCAGAAAGAACAAGAGGUUGCCAAUAUUAAAACACGAAUUCCUGAGAUCAGAGGUCGUUUGAGCCAGCUCCAGCUCAAGUCAGAAGAACUCAACAGAAGCAUGCUAUCUAUCAAGUCCAAGGUUCAUAAUUUGCAUAUCAAAUCUUUGGUGGAUGAACUAUUAUAAGUCUUCAGCAAAUUCGUUUGUGGUGCACGCAUAUUUAUGAGUUAUAAUUAAUGCUUGAAUAUAGAAUUCAAUAGGUUACUGAAUAAAUGCAUGCGGAGCGAUAUAUAUUUUAUUGUUUAGAGAUUAUAUCAACACAUACUGAUCACUUAGGGUAGAGAAAUAUGCACGCUCUCCAUUGGAUUUUGACUUUAAUUGUUUGUUUGAUAGUGUUGUUGAUCUUCAGUUGGAAACUCUUGUAUCUCUGACUGUAUACACAUUUUAUUCCUGUAAAUUUUAUGCAUUUUUGUUUUUUUUU